AUGUAUAGACGAGUGUAUGUAUGUAUAUAUGUAUGUGCGCAUUCACGUGUAGGCAAUUGCAUUUAAUCGAAUUUAUUUUGGUGCCUUGCAAUUUGUAAACAAAAACGAGAAGAAACACGCAGCCAAAGUAAAUGAUCUGUUUAGGUCAGGGACCAUAAUAGAGGCAGUCUGCUUGGGGGAUCGAAAAGAAAACUAUUUUUAGCAUAUCCUGUUGUGCAGUGAGUUAGUUAUGGAAUGAAGGCGCAUUUGACAAACAGUGCGUGAGUGAGCGGAGCGCAUAUUUUUACAAUUCGGCAUUAUCCAUAAUAUAUCUGAAUAUUUGUAUAUUGUAAUAAAGAAAGUAAAAACAUAAAUGAAAAAUUAAAAGCGAACAACAAUAGGAAAAAAGUUAGAAUAAAAUCUUAAACCAAAAAAUAAUAAUAAUGAAGAAAAUAUAAAAAAAAAAAAAUUAACGUAAAAAUUUACGAUAUACAUAAAUAUUAUUAAAAAAACAUAUAAAUAAAAAUAUAUUACAAAAAAUAUAUUAUAAAAAUAUAUUACAAAAAAUAUAUUAUAAAAAUAUAUUACAAAAAAUAUAUUAUAAAGAAAUAUAUAUUUAAAAAAAUAAUUAAUAACAUACUUUUAAUUUGCUGGCGCCAUGUCUUCAUCGUUUGGUAUGCGUGGCAUUGGUCAAAAUUUCGGUUUCAAACUUUGUUGUUGUCGUGUGUGCACUUGCGUCAAUUUCGGCUUCGUGAAUUCACGUGUGGGCCUCCUCAAAAUACUACAACUAACUUUGGCUUUUCUAUGUGAGGGCUUACUAGUGCGUUAUGGCGUGCCAGCAGCCGAUACAAUUGGACAAGCUUUGACCAGCAUGCUGACGACGACCGCCUACUGCUUCACAACCACAGCCAUACUGAUGAUAUGCUAUUGUUUCUCGGAAAAGUCCUCCAGUCUUAUUAGACAAUCACUCUUUGAGACGCUAUUCAAUGCAGUCGCCUGCAGCAUGUACUUCAGCUCAUCCAGUUAUAUGGGUUUUGCAUGUGUGGUGUGGCUGCAACCGCAGUUUAUGGUGCGUCCCGGUUUUUGGGCCUAUCCCGCAAUGACAGCGGCUUACUAUAUGGGCUAUGCGGCGGGCAUUUUACAUGCCAUCGAUGCCUAUUUGGCUUUUAGAUAUUACAGAGGAAGUCGCUGACUUGAAGGUUAAGUAUAGCAAAAUAGUUGUUAUGACUUUAUUUAAAACAUGUAUGUAUGUAUGUAUGUAUUAAAUACGCAUUAGUUUGUAAGAAAUCCACAUAAAAAUUAGGUUAUUUAAGUAUGGUGUGUGGCACACCUAAGGCACUUGUGGCACAUACGUGUGCAUAUUUCUCUUAUCAGUAAUAUAAAUAUUUGGUGGAAGUUUUAUAUACAUAAUAAUGUUAAUUAAAAUAAUAAUUUAAAUAAUUAAACAGUAACAUAAUUGAUAUAUAUACAGUUAGUGACUAAAAUAUGACAACAAAUAAUUAUAAAUAUUUUUUUAAUAAUGAAAUAUAAUGUUAUCAACUACUAUAAAAUAAUGUUUAGCAAGAAAAAUAAAUAAAAAUAGAAAACAAGUAUUAUUUAAAAC